AUGUCUGCUCCCAACGCCAACAAGCCUAACGAGGGUAUCGUCGGUCAGAUCGGCAACUCUCUCAACAACGCCGCCCAGUACGUCUCCGAGACUGUCCAGGGUACCUCCGCCACUGCCUCCAAGGAGGCCAACAAGGAGCAAGCCAAGGGCAACACCGCCGACGACUCCAUCUCCGGCCGUGUCUCUGGUGCCAUGGGCGCCGCUUCUGACAAGAUGGACGAGAAGAAGCACGAGACCUCUGCUGAGGCCAACAAGCGCUCCAUCUAA